AUGAGAGAUGGCUGUACGGAAUUAGAUUCUCUUCCUGUAACUUGUAUCCGAACUAAACCAGGACCUGACUGGAGAAAUAUUAUCGGGGCAACAUAUGCAUCAGGAGAUCUAAGGAUUUGGAACCUGGAUACAGGGAACCUUGUCUCUUGUAUCCGGGAUAGCGGAGAACUGCUCUGCCUGAGCUUUAACCCUCAUAUAAACUUCGUAAGCGUUGGGAAAGGGAACGGAGAGAUAAAACUAUACGACCUAGAGACACAGAAACUAGCUUCAAUCCUCAAGCGGAGUCAGAACCCGAACCUGUGUGACGGACACGCUAGCAAGGUGUUCUCCAUCGUGAACCAUCCUCUGAACCCACAGGAGUUUAUCUCCGGAGGUUGGGAUGGAGAAAUACAUAUCUGGGAUGCACGAAGACCACACAGUGUAAGAAGGAUUGAGGGACCCUUCAUAGCUGGAGAAGGGUUGGAUAUGGAAAGAAAGGGUCGAGAUAUCCUUGCAGGAUCCUGGAGAGGAGAACAUCAACUUCUCCAGAUAGAUUACUCUAGUGGAGCAAUCAUUGCAGAUAUUGAACCUGAAAGACAGAACUCAUAUGCGUCCUGUGUUCAGUAUCUGGGUAAAGAACAUGCAAUGGUUGGAGGGACGGAUAUAUCUAUGUUCCGGAUAGUAGAUCUCAAGAAGAGGAAAACUGUUGCAAGUAUAAAGAAUCUAGGUUUAGGUAUUGUCAGCCUAGACUCUCAGAAGAAGGGACAACUAUCCAAGAUUGCAAUAAAUACUGAAACACAUUUAAAUAUUCUAGAAUUUACAGAGCAGAAACGCAGGAGUAGGACAGGAGAAGCAGCAUACACGGAGGAGCAUCAGGAACAUCAUGGACAGCGGGAACAGGAGGAGGAAUAUGAGGAAAAGAAUGAGCAGGAGAAACAGGAGGAGGAGGAGCAGAAUGAAAAGGAAGAACAGGAUGGAAAAUCGGAGAAAAAGAUAUGGAACUAA